CCUUGUAUCUUUAUCCGUUGAGCGGCCGUGCAGGGAACCGUCAAUAUGUCGUGGAAGCUGACCAAGAAACUCAAAGAUACGCAUCUCGGCCCGCUGAGCGCGUUUUCCCGGUCGCUGUCGACUUCCACCAUCACCGACAAAGAUGAAAAGGGGACGAGCCCAGGCGCCACCACGCCGACUAGCGAGAGCGCUAUUGCCGCCUCAGAAGCCUUGUCGCAAGCGCCCGUCAUCAAGAAGCCCGGUAUUUUGGUCGUGACCAUCCACGAAGGCAAGGGCUUCUCCCUUCCCGAGCAGCACCGAAGCGCCUUUGCAUCCAGCCACCAGAGCUCCCGCUCUUCGGGCAGUGCCUUGGCCUCUUCUGUGCGUCCAGACUCUCAGCGUGUUGCUGGAUCAUACACAAACGGAGCGAGGCCGCACUCUUCAGGUGGUGGAUUCGGCUCGAUUCCCACCAACCAUGGGCGCAUCUCUGGCAAAUAUAUGCCCUAUGCCCUUAUCGAUUUCGAUAAAGUGCAGGUGUUUGUCAAUUCGGUCGAAGGAAACCCCGAGAACCCUCUGUGGGCAGGUGGAAAUACCCAAUACAAGUUUGACGUUUCUAGAGUGACGGAGCUGGUUAUCCACCUGUACAUGCGGAACCCUGCUGCCCCUCCCGGGUCUGGACGAAGCCAGGACAUCUUCCUGGGUGUAGCCCGGAUAAAUCCCCGAUUUGAAGAGAGGCAGCCUGCGGCCGAUGAUACCAAGGCCAGCAAGAAAGAUCGCGAAAAGGCGGCCGAAGCUCAACGCCAAAAGGGAGAAGGCCAUGCCGGCGUCGAGUGGGUUGACGUCCAGUACGGCACUGGCAAGAUCAAGGUUGGCGUUGAGUUUGUCGAGACACGGGCUGGAAAGCUUAAGAUUGAAGACUUUGAACUGCUCAAGGUUGUGGGCAAGGGCAGCUUUGGCAAGGUGAUGCAGGUGCGCAAGAAGGACACGAACCGAAUCUAUGCGUUGAAGACGAUUCGAAAAGCGCACAUCAUUUCCCGGUCGGAAGUUGCCCAUACGUUGGCCGAGCGGUCUGUGCUGGCGCAGAUUAACAAUCCCUUCAUCGUCCCCCUCAAGUUCAGCUUCCAGUCACCCGAGAAGCUGUAUUUCGUCCUUGCCUUUGUCAAUGGAGGAGAGCUCUUCCACCACCUGCAGAAAGAACACCGCUUCGACGUUAACAGGUCACGGUUUUACACUGCUGAGCUUCUCUGUGCUUUGGAAUGCUUGCAUGGGUUUAGCGUCAUCUACCGAGAUCUGAAGCCGGAGAACAUCUUGCUCGACUACCAAGGCCACAUCGCGCUGUGCGAUUUUGGCCUCUGCAAGCUAGAUAUGAAGGACGAAGACCGGACAAACACGUUUUGCGGCACACCCGAGUAUCUUGCUCCUGAGCUCUUGUUGGGCCAAGGAUACAACAAGACGGUCGACUGGUGGACGCUGGGUGUUUUACUGUACGAGAUGUUGACGGGUCUUCCUCCGUUCUACGACGAAAAUACAAAUGAGAUGUACAGAAAGAUUCUGUCUGAUCCUUUGAAUUUCCCUCCUGGCGAUGUGGUUCCUCCAGCUGCCAGGGACCUUUUGACCAGCCUGCUCAACAGAGAUCCGAAGAAGCGACUCGGCGCUAAUGGCUCAUCCGAGAUCAAAGCUCAUCCCUUUUUCCAUGGCAUUGACUGGCACAAACUCUUGCAACGCAAGUAUGAGCCUACGUUCAAGCCCAGUGUGACGGAUGCCAUGGACACGGCCAAUUUUGACCAAGAGUUUACCAGCGAGGCUCCCCAGGAUUCGUAUGUGGACGGCCCGCUGCUCUCACAGACGAUGCAGGAUCAGUUCCAAGGAUUCAGCUACAACCGGCCGAUUGCCGGCCUUGGAGAUGCCGGCGGCAGCGUCAGAGACCCGUCUUUUGUAGGCAGCCUCAACAAUUGAGGAUUUGAAGAUGUUACUUUUUUUUUCGACGGAUACCAAUUUGAGUUGAGACUAGACUUAGAAGCAUGCUUUGGAGCGAAAACCAGGGGUAGCUGGACGACGACGGCGUUGGUGUUGCCGUACGCAGACGGGACCCCAGAGAGCGAUGGAGAGACACGAGCGUCUUUGGACUCGCACGAUGGAAGCGCACAGACAGACGGACACGGAACACGGGUCCAUAUUUUGGCUUGAACAAUGCAUGAUGAACCAUACGUUAUGGAGUUUAGCUGGAAAUCAUGAUGGGAGUUGUUUCUAUUUUAUCUUUACUUUUCAUCGUCUUGCAGAGUGUUGGAGGAGGGUCUCGAGGUGCCUUGGUUGGUGCCGAUUUGGGAGUUGAGGACUGAUAAGAGACAAGUAGGUGCAAGACGGAUGUGGUGGAUGCAGGCAUCAUUGGAAAAGGGUUGAUACAAGUAUGUUGCUUUUAUUACAGAGUGCAGCGUGUGUAUGAGUGUUGGCUUGUUGAGUCAAGCAUGUAUAGGACGGACAAGUUGCCAUUGUUGAUAUUCUAUUUAACAUGCCUUUUGCUCAGAUGAAUACGUUAUUUAUUUAUUCAGU